UAAAUGCAUCUUAUCAAGUUAGCUUCCCCUUAACAGAUGAUGAGCUCCAGUCGAAGAAGGUGCGGCCAAUACAAGAUUACAUUGCAGAACAAGAAGACAGCAUAAACAAAAUAAAUGAUAUGCAUGGUCCUUCAUCAGUUGCAUACCCAAAAACUUUCAAAAAAUUCAACCAGCAUCCUGGUAAAAUCCUCAAUUUGCGACCCCCUGAGUGCUGUGGACUACCAGUCAUGCUAUUUCACUCAGUUUUCAGUAAGUUUCUUCACAACUUCCACAAUGAGUCAUUGGACAUCCCUGCUGAACUGUACAGAGAAGUCCUGGAAUUUAGUCAAAUUGCAGGAAAAUCCAUUGUGACUGGUAAUGGUGCCAUGCUGGAUGGAGCAAUGUUUACAAAUGUAAGGAACUUUGCAGAAAAUGCCAUCACUCUUGUUAUGGAAGACAAGAAUGAAAUAGGUGCUGGAGGCAAUGACCCUUCAAUCCAGGGUGCUUGUGCUUAUGCAAAAUAUUGGGCUCAGAAUUGGGUCAAGAACAUUUGUGAAAAUUCCUGCUGUCCAUCUUUCAUCCUAGCCAUUGCUGGACCAUGGAUAUGCAUCCUAGGAGCAGUGUACCUUGAAAAGCCUGUUAUUGAACCACUAACUGAUUUCUUGUUGCUGAUUGACCGGCCUGGAGAUGAUGGGAAAUGA